AUGGCCGCUCGGCGACACUUCCGGUCUGACAGAUGUUAUUAGCGGAAAUGACAUGACAGCUGCCGGUGAUGGGCAGUGUUUCGUUCUCGGUGAAGGAUAUCCUGGACUUCCGGGAGGGGCAAUAACUCUAUCGCGAGAUUCUACGGAGUACGUUGAAGUCAACUUAUCCCGGAAAGAACCUUUUAAGGAUUUCACAAUAUCCGUAUUAGUCUAUCCCGAAGGUUCCCAGAGUGGAACUUUGUUCUAUUACGCUAAGAAUGAAAUCGAGAAAUUUCGCUUAAAUUUCAUUUACACGACAGCUGUAGUGUCUUUCCGAGACGAGUAUGAUAACCUAGCUGGACUCAUUCCUGUCGAAGACCUCCUUGUUCAAGAUCAGUGGAACCACCUGGUGGUCCAGCGGAAGUACACUAAUGGGGAGAUAACUCUAUAUGUCGAUGGAAUCAUGAAGAUACAAGUUGACGAUGGUUUCCAAGACAACAUUCCGAUACCCAAUUCGGGAAUGUUAGCGGUGGGAACCGUUCCAAACGAUCCGGACCAGCAGUUUUCGGGAAGGGUCGCUUGUCUCCAGGUUUUCGACAAGCUUCUAACGGACAAACCUGGACAGCCGGACAACACGUGGAAUAAAUGCCAGUCUGAUUCCUGGCAGGUGAAACCAACCCUAAUCCUACUGCCGGACGAUGACGAACCAGGACAACACUGUCUGGCCGAAGUCGUGGAAGACCUGUCAAAUCUGAUCUCUCUUACUUCCCUUUUCAACGAGAACAAGUGGCAAAAAGUCCUUCAACGUUUCGAAUGGCAGGACAGCGCACGAAACGCCGGGUACUUCUCAUUGGUCGGCAAAGGAACCAGACCGUCGGUUUACGUCAGCGCGCUUGGAUUUGUCAACACGACUGGUGUGAACGUGUGUUCGCGCGUCUGUUUACGCGUGGAGGGCUGUCAGUCAUUCGCUGUCGAUAGAGAAACUGCAGAUGGUGUGCCAUGCUAUCUCUAUAACUACGUCUCGCGAGAUCUGGUCACCGGAAGUGAUGCUGCAAAGUAUUAUGGGAUGAAAGAUUGAGUGUAUCACGAGACGGACCGCUCCAACCGGAAGUGUUAGUUUUCCAUAAGUUGUAGAGUACAUUUAUUUAUGUUCUUGGAACUAAACUUAGAGGCAAAUGUCGCUCUUAUAUUUAAAAAAUUGCUUCAGAGAUGAUUUAAUCAUUUUGUGUAACACUUUCACAAUGAUCCUGUAUAUCAAGAUGGUGUUGUGAAAUUCAUAUGCAGCUACAAGAUCUCUUUUUUAAGCUGGAUCCGGGAUUAAUUUUACACUUCUGACAUGUGUGGAUCGUUUCCGGACAUCUGUGCACACGACGGUCAUAACACGGUGUGUGAUUCUAUAGUGGUUAACAUACAUUUAAAAAUGACUUCUGAAUAAGUGUUGGGUAGGGUUUCCUAUUCUAAAUAUGUAUGGAAACUUUUAUAUCGUAGGUAAUUAAAUGUACGGUACGUGGAGCAGCUGCUGUUCAAGGCUUGGUGUACAAACUUAUAAACCAACGUCUGAUAAAUACAGUACACAAUGUCAUAAUACUUAAUUAUGAAUGUUUUUCGUCUGAUUUGGUUUUAAUAAAAUGAAGACUGUUAUA